CUCACUCAGCUCAAGCUCAGCCUGGCUCCUGGGGAACUAGGGUCAUCUUUAGGGACUCUACCACCCCCUCCCAGUUUAGGAAUAAGAGAUUUAGGCGGGGGAGUAGCCCUCCCCUUGUUUUGGUUGUUAUUUUGUUCCUACAGGAGCUGGAGGGCAGGGGGGGGGGUUAUUCCCCAACUCCACUUCCCCCCACCCCCAGCCAGGGCUAUGAUAAACUCCCAGAAAAGGAAAGAAACAGCUGAGAGUUGGAGUCAAAUUUAGGAAAAGAGCUGUGUCAUCAGCUGGCCGAGUGCCUGGGAUCUGGCUGCUGGGGAUUCCCCUCCCCCUACCCCACCCCCAAUUUCCUUUGAAAACCUGAAUUUUUGGAAGUAAUGAGACACCCCAUCUGCCUUCCACCAAAGACCUCAAGCUACAGUCUGAGUGGCUCCGCCAGCUCAGCCAAUCCCUGCUCUUCCCCGUACUUAAAGGCGCUGGCGGGGAGAGCCCGCUAAGGAGAAUCCAACUGGGAAAGGGCUGGGGAGCCACGGAGAGAUAGAGACAGAGACAGAGACAGAGGAGAGAUAGAGACAGAGACAGAGACAGAGACAGAAACACAAAUCGGAAGACAGACCCAGAAAAAGACAAAGAGCAGACCGAGGGAUAGGGAGACCGGGAAAUCCACAAAGUCAGAAAGUAGGUGCUGAAAGCCAAACCGAUGGGGAGAGGACAGAAAGAGACAUAGAAACAAAAGAGAAGGACGCAGGCUAACUGAUAGGAAAGAGCAGAGGAGCCAGAAGAAGGGAGACCUGCCGAAAGCUAGGACAGUGCCAGUCUCUGGAAGAGUGCCUUACUCUCCAGGGGAGACAAGGGUGUGUGUCUAUCGGGGUGGCUCCCAGGCUUACUGCUAAGUUCUGUGGGGGAAUUUUCUUUAUCUCUUUGGAAGCUCCCCAGUCCCUGUGACAACACCACAUCCUCCCCUGGCACAGGUCAGAACCCCCAGGGGAUUCUUGCUGAGAGGAGCCUCCACGAACCAGGCAGGGGGAGUCACUGGAGCUUCGAACACCCCACUCUCUUCUAGCUACUGCUGCAGUGCCAUGUCCCAGGCGGACAUAGGUCCCAGAAGGGACUUGGGGAGAGCUCAGAGCAGCCCUUUGCUUCCUACUCCAUCCCAGCCACUCCCAGGGCUGCUACUUCUGAUGCUGCUGCUGCUAGAUUCCUGCUUGUCUCUUGCCCAGCUGGUGGGCCUCCCCACUCAGGAGGAGGAGAUCGUGUUUCCCGAGAGACUCAAUGGCAGCAUCUUUCCUGGCCCCGGCUCCCAGGGGCUCCUGUUAUAUCGGCUGCCAGCCUUUGGAGAGACGCUGUUGCUGGAGCUGGAACAGGACCCUGGUGUCCGGGUUGAGGGAUUGACUGUGCAGUACCUGGGCGAGACACCUUCGAUGCUAGGUGGGGCUGAAGUGGGCACAUACCUGACGGGCACCAUCAACGGGGACCCUGAGUCUGUGGCAUCUCUGCACUGGGAUGGGGGAGCCCUGUUGGGUGUCCUACAAUACCGGGGAACAGAGCUCCACCUUCAGCCUCUAGAAGAGGGUGCUCCCAAUUCUGCUGGGGGGAGAGGGGCCCACAUCCUACGACGAAAGAGCCCCACCAGAGACCAGGGCCCCAUGUGCAACGUUGGGGCCCCACUUGGGAGCCCAGGCCCCAGUCCUCGAAGAGCCAAGCGUUUUGCCUCAGUAAGUCGCUUUGUUGAGACCCUGGUAGUGGCAGAUGACAAGAUGGCGGCAUUUCAUGGAGCUGGGCUGAAGAGAUACCUACUGACUGUCAUGGCAGCUGCCGCCAAGGCUUUCCGGCACCCAAGUCUUCGUAACCCAGUCAGUCUGGUGGUAACACGGCUGGUUGUGCUUGGGCCUGGUGAGGAAGGACCUCAGGUGGGCCCCAGUGCUGCUCAGACCCUCCGAAGCUUCUGUACCUGGCAGCAGGGACUCAACAUUCCUGAGGACAGCCACCCAGACCACUUUGAUACAGCCAUUCUGUUUACUCGACAGGACCUGUGUGGUGUCUCUACAUGUGACACACUUGGCAUGGCCGAUGUGGGCACAGUGUGUGACCCAGCCAGAAGUUGUGCCAUUGUAGAAGAUGAUGGACUCCAGUCAGCCUUCACUGCUGCUCAUGAACUGGGUCAUGUUUUCAACAUGCUUCAUGACAACUCCAAGCCAUGUGUGAACUUGAAUGGCCCUGGGAGUUCAUCCCGUCAUGUCAUGGCACCAGUAAUGGCACAUGUGGACCCUGAGGAACCCUGGUCCCCCUGUAGUGCUCGUUUCAUCACUGAUUUCCUCGACAAUGGACAUGGACACUGCCUCUUGGACAAGCCCUCAGCUCCUCUACGCCUGCCUAUGACCUUCCCUGGCAGAGACUAUGAUGCUGACCGCCAAUGCCAGUUAACCUUUGGGCCUGACUCAAGACACUGUCCCCAGCUUCCUCCACCCUGUGCUGCCCUCUGGUGCUCUGGCCGCCUGAAUGGCCAUGCCAUGUGUCAAACUAAGCACUCCCCCUGGGCCGAUGGCACUCCCUGUGGACCCUCCCAGGCCUGCAUGAGUGGCCGUUGCCUCCAGAGUGCUCAGCUUCAAGAUUUCCAUACCCCACAGGCAGGGGGCUGGGGCUCCUGGGGGCCCUGGGGCGACUGCUCUCGGACCUGUGGAGGUGGUGUCCAGUUCUCCUCCCGCGACUGCACUAGUCCUGUCCCCAAGAAUGGUGGCAAAUACUGUGAGGGCCGCCGUACCCGUUUCCGCUCCUGCAAUACCCAGGACUGCCCCACAGGCACAGCUUUGACCUUCCGUGAGGAGCAGUGUGCUGCCUACAACCUUCGCUCGGACCUCUUCAAGAACUUCCCAGGGCCUAUGGAUUGGGUCCCACGAUACAGCGGUGUGGCUCCCCAGGACCAGUGCAAGCUCACUUGCCAGGCUCGGGCCCUUGGCUACUACUAUGUCCUGGAGCCUCGGGUAGUAGAUGGGACUCCCUGCUCAUUGGACAGCACUUCGGUCUGUGUUCAGGGCCGCUGUAUCCAUGCUGGCUGUGACAGGAUCAUUGGCUCCAAGAAAAAGUUUGACAAGUGCAUGGAAUGUGGGGGUAAUGGCUCAAGCUGCAGCAAGCAGUCUGGCUCCUUCAAGAAGUUCAGGUACGGAUACAAUGAUGUGGUCACCAUUCCUGCGGGUGCUACCCACAUUCUAGUGCGACAGCAGGGGGGUUCUGGCCCCCACAGCAUUUACCUGGCCCUGCAGCUUCAAGACGGCUCCUAUGCUCUCAAUGGUGAAUAUACACUUCUCCCAUCUCCGAGCGAUGUGGUUCUGCCCGGAGGUGCCAGUCUUCGAUACAGUGGUGCCACUGCAGCCUCAGAGACGCUGACAGGCCAUGGGCCAUUGUCCCAGCCCCUUACCUUGCAGGCCCUGGUAGUAGGGAACCCCCAGAAUCCUCGCCUCCGCUACAGCUUCUUUGUACCCCGGCCUGCCCCUCCAGCACCUCGGCCCACCCCAAAGGACUGGCUCCGACAGCGUGCACAAAUCCUGGAGAUUCUCCGGCGGCGCCAUUGGGUGGGCAAAAAAUAACCUCACUCUCCCAGGGGAGCAGCCCUGGGCACAGUGGGGGCACACAAAUGACUGGGUGGAGGGGUCUCUGAGGAGCUGCCUCCUAUUGGGCACGAUAGGGAAGCGGUAAUAAAGGCAGGACCUACCCCUUUCCCCCACCUUGCAGGCUGGCCCUGCCCUGGGCUACCUAAUUAAGAGAGGCAGCCUGACUAUUAUGUGACUGGGUUCUAAUAAGUCUAAGAUGGGAGAGAGUCCCUCAGUGGCCACCCAUCCCUUCUCCCAAGCUGGUCAUAGGAGUUGAGGAAUUGCAGGGUGGACCCCAAUUGUAUUUAUUUGAUAUUUAUUCAUUGGUUUGUAAGGGGUCAGCACCAGGGAAUUGGAGGGAGGGAGGGAGGGUAGAAAUUUGUCCCUCUGUACACAGCAUUUGCCCUAGCCAAGGGAUCAAGUGUUAAUAAUGGUGACAGGCAUGAGAGGUGUGUGUGUGUGUCUGUGUGUGAGAGAGAGAGAGAGUACAUGUGUCUGGGUAUGUUUGUGUAUGUUCCUGAAUCACCCCUUCCCCUAAAGGAGGAGACUAAGGGGAUGACAAGAGUGUGUAGCACAAAUUACUAUGUUUCCUAAUAAAUUUAACUUCAUUAUUUAUUUAUUGGGCAGCAACUACGUGCUCAUUUUGGGAGCUGAGGGCUGCCACCCCUUCCCCCAAUUAUGCCUGGAAUGCAUGGGGUCUGGGACUUAUGGCUGACAAAGCUUAGGCAUCUGGCCCCUUUCUUGCUCUGCUCCCCUCCCAGGGGAAUGCAGAGCCACAGGAUACUAGUGUUCAACCAUGCUUCCUUUCUGUUCCCACUAACUAUCCCAUCCCUGCUCCUGCCCAGCUCUUCCUGUGGGCAAAGCCCUGUCCUGGGUGCUGAGGGGGAAAUCCAGAGGAAGAAGACUCCGCAUAGAUUUAGAGAUGGAAAAGACUCAGUACCUGGCCUUGGCAUGUUCCUGGGGCUCAUGAGAGAGGCACAAAUAAAAGGCCAUAAACAUAGUGGAUGGGAAAUGACCGCUGGAAUGUCAUCAACAAAUGGACACCAGCGAUACAAAGAUGCACACAGAGGUUAAGACAGAAUUGACUCAGGGGAGUUGAAAGAAGGCUUCCUCAGGCAUGAAAUAAGCAGUCAGCCUCAAGGAGGCAGUGGGAGAAUUGGAGAGGAAAAGGGUGAAAUGGGAGUCGGGGAAGGACUUGGCCAGGCUGGAGUAAGGUUCAGAAUCUGGGAGGGGUAAGAAAUGGGUUAACAGUAUGCAGACUAUGAUCCUAGGGCAGGGGUUCUUCCCCUGGGAUCUGUGAACUUGUUUUGUUUUUAUUUUACUCUUUUGAUAAUUGUAUGUCAAUAUAACUGGUUUCCUUUGUAA